GUCGGCAAACUUUUGAGAGGGGACAAGCGAAGUCUGCUUAACAGCGACGUGUUUGGGAGAGAAUAUAGGCUGCUGGAGGGACGUGAAAUAACUUGCCUGGCCUGAGCAGCAUGAAGCUCUACAGCCUCAGUGUCCUUUACAAAGGGACGAACAAAGCCAACUUGCUGAAAGCGGCCUAUGACUUAUCUUCCUUUAGUUUCUUUCAGAGGUCCAGCGUGCAGGAGUUCAUGACAUUCACCAGUGCCCUGAUUGUAGAGCGGUCUUCGCAUGGCGGUCGGGCUUCUGUCAAGGAACAAGACUACCUGUGUCACGUGUAUGUACGGAAUGACUGUCUCAGUGCCGUUGUCAUUGCGGAUACCGAGUAUCCUCAACGGGUUUGCUUCACCUUGCUGGAUAAGGUACUGGAUGAAUUUUCAAAGCAGGUGGACAGCAUAGACUGGCCCUCUGGAUCUCCGGACACAGUCCGCUACACUGCGCUUGACAGCUACCUCGCCAGAUACCAGAAUCCUCGGGAGGCAGAUGCAAUGAGCAAAGUGCAAGCUGAGCUGGAUGAAACCAAAAUUAUUCUGCACAACACAAUGGAGUCCCUGUUGGAGAGAGGGGAAAAGCUGGACGAUUUGGUGCAGAAGUCAGAGCACUUGGGAAACCAAUCCAAAGCCUUCUACAAGACUGCACGGAAGCAGAACUCUUGCUGUGAGGUGAUGUGAUGGCACUGGACCUGCCUCUCUCAGCCCACUACUCCCACUACUCCACCCAAAAGCUUAACAGCACCCAGCAAGAGGUUUCUAUGAAACCAGCCCUGUCGGGGGGGAGUGGAAAGCUGAGAGAAAAUCCCAUCUAACGGGCUGGUUUGGGGCCUGGGUGGGAUGUG